GAAUGCAAGGUGUUCCACAAAGCAUGACAUGGCCUUUUGGUUUCCAUCACAUGCAAACUAGCAGCAAUAGUAGUAGUAGUAAUCGAUUGCAGACCCUUCAGUACUCCCCCACCGAAUGGAAUCAUCAUACACGCAAUGCCUAUUCCAAAUAUGGACGGAUGUCUAAUGGCAGCAGUAGCAAUAAUAAUAAUGGCAUUUAUCAGCAAGAAUCAAACAAUUUGCACCCACAUCAUUGGUAUGCGAACGAAGAACCAAUGGCAGAGGACAUCAGCAACAAUAACAACAAUUGUACCUUUUUUGAAUCGCAAGCGGAACAUCACUUUAAACAAAAUCAUGAAAUUUCACAAGUUCAUCAGCAAAUACUAUAUCAUACAACAAGUCAUACAAAUACGCAAAGUUCGAUACGAUAAAAAAGGAGGUGCAUAUAUUUAUGUACAUACAUAUAUCGCUAGCUUAGAGUGAAAAGUUGUUAAGUCCCAUUUUAAAAAUUUUACAGAAUAGGCAAAAAACUUCUAAUAGCAAUUUUCUUCAAGUAUUUAGCACAAUUUUGAAUACAACGUUUUAGCUGUUUAAACCAAAGCAAAACUCCAUUUGAAUAAGAGGGAUUCGAUCUGUAUUAAAAGAUUUCGUACUAAAUAUUUUGGCCUUAUCGGUUUUUUGGGUGCU